GGCAGGGCUGGGGAGAGACUGGACUCAAGCCGGGGAAGUGUGUGUGUGUGUGUGUGUGUGUGUGUGUGUCCGAGAGCGGGGGGGGUUGCCUCUUGCCUGUACUCCCAGGCUCUGAGGGGCCCCAUAGAGCUGAGGGAGGGAACGACCCCCCAGAACUACAACUCCCAUGAUGCUCCUGCGUCCUAUGUCAGCAGCUGCGUGGUUCCCAUGGUGACCAGGAGCUGGGCCCGGGGUCAGAGCGCCCCCAGACCCCCGGCGGCCCCUGAGCAGCGAUGCCCAAACCCAGUGAUACUCUGUGGGAUAUCGCUAAAGCUGAAGUGGAGAAAAAAGAAAAUCUUGAAGGCAAUGGAGAUGGAGUGGAAGUUUGGGAAAAAUCACUACUCUUUAUGGGAAACAAAAAUGGGGGAAAGACUACUAUUAUAUUGAGGUGUCUUGACAGGGAUGAAAUUCCAAAACCAACAUUAGCCUUGGAAUAUACUUUUGGAAGAAGAGCAAAAGGUCAUAACAGACCAAAAGACAUUGCACAUUUUUGGGAACUAGGUGGUGGAACCUCAUUAUUGGACUUGAUUCGUAUACCAAUAACUAAUGACAACAUAAGGACUUUUGCUAUAAUUCUUGUUUUGGACCUUUCCAAACCUAAUGAACUGUGGCCAACCAUGGACAGUCUCCUACAGGUCACCAGGAACCAUGUGGAUAAAAUUAUAACUAAACUGGGAAAGACAAAUCCUAAAGUAGCUACUGAAAUUAAACAGAGGAUGUGGAACAAUAUGCCGAAGGAUCACCCAGAUCAUGAAUUAAUUGACCCUUUUCCAGUGCCUCUGGUGAUAAUUGGAAGCAAAUAUGAUAUUUUUCAUGAGUUUGACUCUGAGAUGAGGAAAAUAAUAUGCAAGACACUGAGAUUUGUUUCGCAUUAUUACGGAGCAUCACUAGUGUUUACCAGCAAAUCUGAGGCCCUCCUGCUGAAAGCCCGUGUUCUUAUUAAUCAUUUGGCAUUUGGCUUUGACAGAAGCAAAUCCAUAUCAGUGGAUCAGAAUAAACCAUUGUUUAUCCCAGCAGGAUUGGAUUCUCUAAAUCAAAUAGGACCACCACCUGCAUCUGACAGUGAUAUUGGAAAACUACAUGCACAUACACCUGUGGAUUUGUGGAAAAAAAUAUAUGAGAAAACAUUUCCACCUAAGAGUACUAGUGAUUUAAAAGAUGUCAGUGACCCUGCCCAGGAUCCACAAUAUGCUGAGUAUGAAGUUGAUGCAAUGAGAGCUCAGAAGAAUCAGGCAAAGAGGAGAUUCAGAGACAGUAUUUUUUGCUCUGAAGAGGAUAACAGUUUGUAUUUCACCUACAGUGGCAAAUCAAACGUCCUAGAGGUCAGAGAGCUCAACUACCAGGUUAACAUGGCAUCUCAGAUUCCCUGGUAUGAGAACCUAGCAGAGAUGAAAAUGCCUUGGAUGUGGAAUACAGGCCCAGAUUCCCAUGUGCCAGCAAUCCAGAAUCUGAACUUUAAAGUUCAGAGUGGCCAGAUGCUAGCUAUUAUAGGAAGCUCUGCCUGUGGAAAAACAUCCUUACUUGAUGUGAUAACCUGUCGAGAUCAUGGUGGCAAAAUUAAGUCUGGCCAAAUCAUAAUCAAUGGAAAACCCAGUACUCACCAGCUUGUUAAGAAAUGCAUUGCACAUGUGCGGCAGGAUGAUCGACUACUACCCAGCCUAACUGUCAAAGAAACAUUAUUAUUCGUUGCAAAAUUGCGGCUCCCGAAGACUUUUUCAGACUCACAAAGGGAAAAAAGGGUGGAAGAUGUUAUAGCAGAACUGCGGUUACGACAGUGUGCAAACACAAGAGUAGGGAAUGAAUACAUCCGAGGUGUGUCAGGGGGAGAAAGGCGAAGAGUAAGCAUUGGAGUGCAGCUGCUAUGGAACCCUGGAAUACUGAUACUUGAUGAACCCACAUCUGGACUAGAUAGUUUUACUGCACACAAUCUUGUGAUAACCCUAUCCAGGCUUGCCAGAGGAAACAGAUUAGUUCUCCUUUCAGUUCACCAGCCCCGAUCAGAUAUCUUCCAACUCUUUGAUUUAGUUCUUCUGAUGACCUCUGGAACUACCAUCUAUUCUGGAACAGCCCGGAACAUGGUCCAAUAUUUCACAGAAAUAGGCUAUCCCUGCCCAAAAUACAGCAAUCCUGCAGAUUUCUAUGUUGAUUUGACCAGCAUUGAUAACCAGAGCAAAGAGAAGGAGAUGGAAAGUCAGAAAAGGGCAAGGUCACUUGCCACCUUGUUCUGGGAGAAGGUCAAAGAUUUUGAUGAUUUCUUAUGGAAAGCUAAUGAAGGAGACUGUGUGAUGACUGUUAACAGUGAACAAAGUUCCCUUUUCACUCCAGAAGAGGUGAUUAACAUGCAUUCACAUUCAACUGAUCAGUUACCAGGUGGCUUAAAGCAGUUUACUGUAUUACUCAGUCGUCAAAUCUCCAGUGACUUCAGAGAUCUUUCAACGUUAUUAAUCCAUGGAUCUGAGGCCCUUCUAAUGUCAUUAUUAAUUGGAUUCUUAUACUAUGGUCAUGAGAAAAGCAAGCUAUCUAUUCAGGACACAGUAGCACUGUUGUUUAUGAUAGGUGCACUAAUCCCCUUCACAGUGCUUUUGGAUGUUAUUGCAAAAUGUCAUUCAGAAAGAGCUAUGCUUUAUCAUGAUUUAGAAGAUGGGAUGUAUUCUGUAACUCCCUACUUCUUUGCUAAGAUUUUAGGGGAGCUCCCAGAACACUGUGCUUUUGUAAUAAUUUAUGGAGUUCCUAUCUACUGGCUGGCAAACCUCAGUCCUGAACCAGAACAUUUCCUCCUUAACUUCCUGGCAGUCUGGCUUGUGGUUUUCUGUGCCCGAGCAAUGGCACUAUGGAUAGCAGCACUGCUCCCAACACUGCAGAUGUCAGCCUUCUUUGGGAAUGUCCUUUUCACAACCUUCUUCCUGAGUGGCGGUUUCGUGGUAAGCUUAGAAAACCUGUGGCUAGUUCCAUUUUGGAUUUCUAAAAUAUCUUUUGUCAGAUGGAGUUACGAAAGCCUGAUGCAAAUUCAGUUCACUGAACUCACAUACCAAAUGACUGUUGGAAAUGUUACCUUUCAAAUCCCAGGGAAACUUGUAAUUCAAGCUAUGAAUCUGGACUCGUAUCCUCUCUAUGCAAGCUACCUCAUCCUCAUUGGUAUUAGUACUGGUUUCAUGGUUUUAUACUACUUAUCUCUGAGGUUUAUCAAGCAGAAAUCAAAUCAAGAUUGGUAACAGAUUUUCUUGUGAAUGAGUUUACUGGCAGGAAUGUUCAGGGAAUCAACAGAAGAAUAGAAACCAGAAAUCUGAUUCUAAGGGUUAUACUCGUCCAAUGAGGAAACAGAAACAAUGCCACAUGACCAAGAGAGCUCAAAUGUUAUGCAGAGAAGACUCUCAAUGACUUGCUUAUCAACAAUCUACAGAUGAAGACUUAAUCAUUGAAGUUAUUAGGUGAAAAUAAAUGCACAAAAAUUGUAAAACCAUGGCAAUUCACAAAUAGAUACGGACUAAAUUAACUGAACAAAUUAUCCGCUAUGAAUUAUUUGCUAUGCUCUUUUCUAAUGUCUGUGCUAGCAUUGUCUGAUAAGAUAGUUGCUACCUUGGCUGGCCCAAUGCCUGACAGCAAUAUCCAGUAUGCUCAUUACAUGCCAGCCAUUUUAGGGCUUGGUCUGUAGCAUUCCUCAAGUCACUACUUUUGUUCUCCACAAUACUGU